AUGGAACUUAAGAAACUUCACAUGGGAACAAUGGCAUACAAUAUUGAAUCAAUGGAUGAAGUUGCGACUCAACUCGCAGCUGCGUUCGGAAAGGCAAAAGCAUCUGGUCCUUCUGCAACUAUGACUGGAAAGGGCCGCAGAGACAUGUCCUCUAGAGUUAGGGAUAUUGUAUUAGCUCUCGCGUUAUGUCAUAAUGUUACACCUGUUAUUGAUCCAGAUAGUGAUGCAAUUGCAUACCAAGCGUCUUCUCCAGAUGAAAUUGCUAUUGUUAUGAAAGAUAAAGUUACUGGGGAAAUAAUGUUUUAUCAAAAGGGUGCAGAUGUUGUGAUGAGUAAAAUUGUACAAUAUAAUGAUUGGUUGGAUGAAGAAUGUGACAAUAUGGCUAGAGAAGGGUUGAGAACAUUGGUAAUUGCACGUAGGAGGUUAUCUGAAGAUACAUAUACUGAGUUUCAAGACAGGUUUAAUGAAGCAAAAGUGAGCAUAACUGAUCGUAAAGCUCAAGAACAAUCAGUAGUUAUUUCACUUUUAGAACAAGAUUUAGAACUUUUGGGUGUAACCGGUGUAGAAGAUAAACUUCAAGAUGACGUAAAAAAUACGUUAGAACUUUUGAGAAAUGCAGGGUUAAAAAUUUGGAUGUUAACGGGUCAGUGA